AAAGACCUUGUUCAUUUUCACGUAUUUGCAUGUUACAUUUAAUAUUAUUAUCGACUCUGUAAUUUCUUUCUUUCUUUUCUCCUUUUUUUUAAUGGGUUUUAAGGUUUAUAAUAAUUUUUGUUCUCUUUUCUUGGGUUUGGUUACCGAGAAAAUGCAUGCAAGUUUUCCUCUUUCUCGAUGACCAUAUAGAAAUCUCGAAUAUUGUGUUUUCUUUUUCCGUCGAAUUUCGUUAUUCGUUUUAUUUCAGCUUGUUUGGUCAUUCCGGGUAUUUGUGUUUUGCUUGGUUGCUAAGGAAAUUUAUAUUCUGUCUUGUUGCGGAGAAAACUCACUUCACACCAAACUUUUGCAUGCUUCGUGUUUUUUUUUUUCCCGUGGUUUUUGUUAAACAAACAUGAUGCUUCGAUUUUCGGGUUUUAAUAAAUACUGGAAAAAAAAUAUGGCCAUGUUUUUGUUUUUGUUUUUAUUUUUUGGGUUAUAAAGUGAGAAAUUCUGGGUAUUAUAGUGAAUAGAAAAGGGUUGUUUGGUUGCUGAGAAAACAGAGGGAAAUGUGGGAAAAUUUUGAUUCCGGGGUUGGGUUUUUAUGCCCUUGGUUUGUGAAAAAUGGAAGUCUCACGUUAAUUGAAGCUUUGGAGUGGUUGGAUUCAAAGGCUUAGUUGAGGUGAAGGAUUUAAUUUUUCAUUCUCUGGUUUCACAAAAAUCCAAACUCCAAAGGUUCAAAUUUGCUUUUGUUUUGCUUAGCAACAGAACAGUGGGUUAUGGAAAGCUGAAUAGAUUCAUUUUAGUGGUGGAAUGAAAUUGAAUUGUGAAACUGUGUCUGGUGUAAUUUAAUUGUUGUUUCGGUUGCUGGGAAUUUGAAGGAAAUAGAAGUUAUUUAUGGCCAACAGAGAGAGAGCUAGCUGUGCCUUCAAGGCAACAAGAGCUCUAGGAAUUCGAGACGAAGAGGUGAAGCCAGUGCUGUUAAAUCUCUUGAAGCUGUUUGAUAUGAAAUGGGAACUUAUUGAAGCAGAAGAUUAUCGGGCACUCAUAGAUGCAUAUUUUGAGUCGAAGGAAAGUAAGAUGGGAUCAGACGAGAAAAGUCUCAUGGAACAUUCUGUGUAUGAAAGACCCUCCAAGAUACCACAUCUUGAACAACAGAAAGAUCAGAUUUCUUCUUCAACAGAUAGUCUGAGCCCAGUUGAAAAAAUGAUUUUCUCUUCAAUGGCUCCUAAAGACUCAACUUGUAAGGGGGCAUCAUGCGCAUUUUCUUCUGAACAACUGGCUGUUGAACCUCGCAGUUCUCAUCCUCGGAAAGAAAAAAUGCCUAGUAAUUGUCACACCAGAGUGUUUAUUAAGCAGAGAACUAAGCAAAGUGUCAGUGAUGAGGCAGAUUUUGCAGAACCCCCAGCAGCGGUUCAUCCAGGUAAUGUUUUUCAAGGUUCUUUUGUUGGUUCAACAAAUGGGAAUAAUUUGGUAACUCGCCUGGGAUCUCAAUGUGAUGCUUCAAGUUCCAAGGAUAGGAUGUACUGUAAUAGCAAUGUUCUUAUUGCUUCAUCAACCUCUGGAGAAGUAAAAAUUUCACUGAACUGUGAUUCUGCAGUUAGAUGUCAAAACUUCAAAGUUCCAGAUUUCAAUUCAGUUCUCAAGUAUUUGGAGGAUAAAUAUCUCAAGACACACAAACUUGUCACACCUGAAUUUUCUAUGAAGACUUUAUUCAAAGAUUUGUGUGAAUGUUAUGUGCAAGUGGGUCAACUUCAUGAUCCACUGCCAAACAACAAAGCUUUAAGAAUUGACAAUUCCGAUAUGGUCGUGGACAAGAAGGCUUCAAGUUCUUUCAGAUUGCCACAUUCUUCUAAGAAUUUACUAAAGGCUAAGCACAAAGCAACUGCUUGUGACAAGAAGAGGUCUGUUCGAAGUCUCAAUGAUAUAACAAAGGGUGCAGAAAAUGUCAAAAUUUCAUUGGUAGAUGAAUCUGGCAAUGAGGAUUUCCCAAAGUUCACUUAUAUACCACAGAAUAUAAUAUAUCAAAAUGCUUACGUGCAAAUCUCACUGGCUCGGAUAGCAGAUGUAGAUUGCUGUUCAAGUUGUUCAGGUGAUUGCCUUUCUUCUCGGAUACCCUGUGCAUGUGCUCGUGAAACUGGUGGAGAAUUUGCUUACACUCCGAAAGGCCUUUUGAAAGAUGAUUUUCUUACUGCUUGUGUGUGCAUGAGACGGGCCCCUAAAAAAGACCAUUUUGUUUAUUGUCAAGACUGUCCAUUAGAGAGAUCAAAGAAUGAGGAUUUGCCUGAACCAUGCAAGGGUCACCUGCUCAGAAAGUUUAUUAAAGAAUGCUGGAGAAAAUGUGGAUGUCACAUGACUUGUGGAAAUCGAGUGGUUCAACGUGGUAUUACAUGCGACUUGCAGGUGUUCAUGACUCCUCAAGGUAAAGGCUGGGGUCUUAGGACACUUCAGGAUUUGCCUAAAGGAUCCUUCAUCUGUGAAUAUGUUGGGGAAAUACUGACCAACACAGAGUUGUAUGAACGAAAUAUUCAGAUUCAGAACAGAGGCAAUAACAGACAUACUUAUCCUGUUACACUUGAUGCAGACUGGGGCUCAGAGAAAGUACUGAGGGAUGAAGAAGCAUUGUGUCUUGAUGCAACUUUCAGUGGCAAUGUUGCAAGAUUUAUUAAUCAUAGAUGUCAUGAUGGAAAUUUGAUCGAUAUUCCAGUUGAAGUGGAAACCCCUGAUCGUCAUUAUUACCAUCUUGCCUUUUUCACUACAAGGGAUGUAACUGCCUCAGAAGAACUGACGUGGGAUUACGGAAUCGACUUUGAUGAUUAUGACCAUCCAAUAAAGGCAUUUCGAUGUUCUUGUGGAAGUGCAUAUUGCAGAGGUGUGAAUAGUACAUGUUAGGACAUUCUAGCUUGAUCAUGAAGAGGCAAUUGAUUGCAAUUGGAUGAACGAAGGACAGUGGGAAACAUAAACAGCAUUUUUUGAUACAGGAGCUUGAUUGCUCUGAGAUAACAUGUGACGAGCAGAAAACUAUAAGCUUUUGUUAAAUAGUUUCUUAUGGUGUUUGAUGAUGAAACCACGCUAAGGUCGUCAUUAAUGAAUAUUGCUCCCACUGUAGAUGCAGCAUUUGAACCAGAUCUCCUGUUAACAAAAGGAAGUUUGUGAAUAUAAAGAACGCAGGAGAUGACCAUAGUUCUUUUGUUCGAGUUUUAUUUAGCAUUUUUGGCCCUUAUCAAUGACAAGGUUACAGAAGCUAGGAGCCCGCCUUUGUCAGUUUUCAGGGCAAACAACUGCCCUGGGAGUGGACUUCGUGUUCAGGGAAGAUUUUAAAUAGUGACCUAUGCGUGUGGAUUCAUUUCAGGUUCCUCGUACAUAGCCUAUUUCUUGAAGCUUGUCCUCAAACCGAUGAACUGGAAUUUUGGAUC